CCCUAGCCCUCGCGCCGCCGCCGCCGCCGCCAGCCGUGCUCGAGGUGCCCGCCCCCCGCCAGCGCGCGGCGCGACGCCACCAUGAAGUUCAACAUCGCCAACCCGACCACCGGGUGCCAGAAGAAGCUCGAGAUCGAUGACGACCAGAAGCUGCGUGUCUUCUUGGACAAAAGAAUCUCCCAGGAGGUCCUUGGUGAUGCUCUUGGCGAGGAAUUCAAGGGCUAUGUCUUCAAGAUCAUGGGAGGCUGUGACAAGCAAGGUUUCCCUAUGAAGCAAGGAGUGUUGACUUCUGGCCGUGUCCGCCUUCUGCUCCACAGGGGCACUCCGUGCUUCCGUGGGUAUGGCAGGCGUGAUGGUGAGCGCAGGAGGAAGUCGGUCCGUGGUUGCAUUGUCAGCCAAGACCUAUCUGUUAUCAACCUGGUGAUUGUAAAGAAGGGUGAGAAUGAUCUUCCUGGCCUGACCGACACUGAGAAGCCCAGGAUGAGGGGACCCAAGAGGGCAUCAAAGAUCAGGAAGCUCUUCAACCUUUCCAAGGAUGAUGACGUACGAAAGUAUGUCAACACAUACCGCAGGACAUUCACUACUAAGAACGGCAAGAAGGUUAGCAAGGCCCCCAAGAUCCAGCGUCUGGUGACCCCUCAGGUGCUCCAGAGGAAGCGUGCCAGGAUUGCGGAGAAGAAGAAGAGGAUUGCCAAGAAGCAGUCUGAGGCUGCAGAGUACCAGAAGCUGCUGGCCCAGAGGCUCAAGGAGCAGAGGGAGCGCCGAAGCGAGAGCCUGGCCAAGAGGAGGUCCAAGCUCUCUGCCGCUGCCAAGGCCUCCACUGCCACAUCCGCCUAAGGAAUGUCCAAGAUGCUUUGAGUUGUUUUAAGAAGCCCCCCUACCUACCUAAGAACAAUGUUGUUAUAGCUGAAGAACCCCAUGCGCUAUGUUUGCUCUGUUCCAAACCUCUACUCUCUAGCUUCAUCAGUGCAAUUGGACAUGAUGCUGGCUUGUCAAAAAUUUCUGAGUACCUGAGAUUUAUUACUUUGGCAUUGUCUUGGAAACUUUAUGCAGGUCAUCCCAAUAUUGUAAGUUAAUUGGGUCUGUUGGGCCUCUCUACUCACCAAAAUACAACUAACAUUUGCCA